AUGCGCCUGCAGUUCGGCGACGGCCUCUUGCUGCAGAUCUUCUUCGUCUACUUCACGCAGGGUAUCCGCAGCACGCUCUGCUCGCUGGGCACCAGCUACUACCUGAACGAGACGCUGGCCCUGGCCCCGGCGCAGUCCGAGUCGCUGCGCGCCACGGCAGCCAUCCCGUGGAUCAUUAAGCCGCUGUACGGGAUGCUGUCGGACAGCGUCCCCAUCUGGGGGGCGCGGCGCAAGUCCUACCUGCUCAUCUUCAGCGCCAUCUCGGCCGCCGCCUACUUCGCGCUCUCCACGCCCGGAUUCAUCACGACCUACGAGAGCGCGCUCGUGGCGCUCGUGGUCGCGAGUCUCGGCAUCGCCUUCUGCGACGUCGUCAUCGACGGAAAAGUGGUGGAGGCGGCGCGAAGCGAGCGCGAGGACAUGGCUGGCAACCUGCAGACGCUGUCGUGGAUCUCCCUCUCGGUCGGCUCCGUGCUGGGCUCGAUGGUGUCCGGGUACGCCCUCAACACAUUCGGCCCGCUGGGCGUCUUCUUCCUCUCGGCAGUGGGCCCCCUGUGCGUCGUGCUGAUCUCCACCAAGAUCCCGGAGGAGACGUACGUGCCCCAAGGAGACCUCGGGUUCUUCCAGACGGUGCAGGACCAGUGCCGAGCGCUGGCGACCGUGGUGGUGGACCCCAUCUGCUGGCGCCCCAUGCUGUGGAUCUUCCUGUCCAACGCGCUGCCUCCCAGUGUGGGCGAGGCCAUGUUCAGCUUCAAGACUGCUGAGCUUGGCUUCUCCAAGUCCUUCCUGGGCUUCAUCUCCACAGUCGGCAGCUUCACGCUGCUGGGCACCACCGCGCUCUACAACGCCUACUUCCGCGACAUGCCCUUCCGCCGCAUGUUCUUCCGCAUCCAGCUGGCAUCGGCGUGUGUGUCCUUCGCUGAGUUCGUGCUGGUCUCGCGCCUGAAUGUGGCUUUCGGCAUCGGCGACCGGUUCUUUAUCUUCGGGGACGAGAUCCUCUCGGACGUGGUCGCCCGCCUCAAGCAUAUGCCGUCGCUCGUGCUCUGCGCCAAGAUCUGUCCGCCGGGCAUCGAGGGCACCAUGUUCGCACUGCUCAUGUCCAUCUACAAUUUCUCCUGGUCGGUGGCCUCCUACGGCGGCUCGUGGCUGUGCAGCUACCUCCAGAUCUCCAAGACCAACUUCGCGGGCCUCGCUGUGGCCGUCACCAUCCGCAGUGUGGCCAAGCUCGUGCCGCUGUUCCUGCUCUUUAUGGUGCCUGCAACCACCAGCAUCAGCAGCUCGUCGCUCGCGUCCAAGUCGAAGGCGAAGGCGACCAGGAAACAGAGCGAGAGUGGCAGCGAUAGUGACGGCGCCGCCAUCGACCUCAAGGUGCAGGCUUGA